GUAGGUGUGUAAAUACUCCUGCGCUCUGCUAACAAAGUAUAAGUCUGACUUUAUGAGAUUUCGGUAAAACAGCCCAAUUCCCAUGUCUUUGGCCUAUACCAAAAGUCUAGGGCCCCCAUAGCAUACAAAAAUUUAUUAGAGCUAAACAUUCCGUUUUAAUGCUUUGGAAUCAGGCAGUCUGGAGUGAGGGUCCCUGGACAGCUCGGGCUUUCAAAGUUGUCUCCUCACUGUGUCCACGGAGGCCAGUAACCAAGGAGAGGCGAGCCCCACUUGGGCGUGGCCGGAGAUGGAGGAGCGGGCCUGCCGAAGCGGGUCUCAGCUCCGCCAGCCUGCGCUGGGCACACGGAGCUUCUCUAAGAACCCAGGGCACCCCAGCUAUCGCCGGUCACAGAGCGAUGGAGUAGAGGGUGAGUGGGCCCCCACAGCCCCGAUCACCGACUCUCGGGGCCCAGAAAAGCCGGCGGGAGGAACAGACGACCAGAUCCGCCAGGCUCCGCCUACGGCUGGCUCCGCCCCCCGGAGGCUCCACAUCCGGCGCGGUGUUCGGAGCCAGGCACCAUGGCGCUGUGCGAGCGGGUUGCUGGCGGGAGCUCUUUGCUCUGGCCUCGCGUGUUGCUUUUCGGGGACUCCAUCACCCAGUUUUCUUUCCAGCCGGGUGGAUGGGGCGCAUUGCUGGCUGACCGACUUGUCAGGUUACAACACCAGAUGGGCCAAGAUUAUCCUCCCAAGACUAAUUAAGAAGGAGAACAGUGUGGAAACCCCAGUGGCAGUUAGCAUCUUCUUUGGUGCCAACGACUCCUCUCUCAAAGGUGAGAACCCCAAGCAGCACGUCCCACUGGAUGAGUACAGAGCGAACUUGCGGGACAUGGUGCAGUACCUGACGUCUGCGGGCAUCCCCCAGGAGCGAGUCAUCCUCAUCACCCCGCCCCCGCUGCACGAAGCAGCUUGGGAGAAGGAGUGCAUCCUGAAAGGGUGCAAACUAAAUCGCCUGAAUGCAGUUGUGGGUGAAUAUGCUGAUGCAUGUGUACAAGCAGCCAGAGACUGUGGGACAGAUGUCCUCGACCUGUGGGCCCUGAUGCAGAAGGACAACCAGGACUUCUCAUCCUAUCUAUCAGAUGGCCUGCAUUUAUCACCAGUGGGAAACGAGUUUCUGUUCUUAAACCUCUGGCCGCUGCUGGACAAGAAACUCUCCUCUCUGCCAUGGCUGCUUCCCUACUGGAAGGACGUGGAGGAAGCAAAGCCCGAGCUGAGUCUGCUGGGGGACGGAGACCAUUAGUCAGCCCGGGAAACUUUCCCAGUUGGCCAUCUCUACGCGCACGCGGCUGUUACUGCAGACCUCACCUGAAGCUCAAGUCUUCAUCCUGGGCAGGACCAUCCUUAAGUCAGCAUGGUCCCAAGUGUUCCAGUGCCAAGACAGGCCACAGUAGGGGACAAUGUACAUAACCAGGUUUCUCUGCUUUUACUUACUUAAAGGCAAAGAGAUAAUAAGUCUGUUUGUUCCAGUUACCCUCACUAAGAACUGUGGCCAGGGGACCAUUACAGUGUACAGAGAGACAGAUUGCAGAUGGUCAGCGCUAUCACCAAGGACUCCAUCCAGCCUUAGUUUCUGUUUCUGCACCACAAGUCAAAGGAG